AGAAUGGCGCCCCUUCUUGGAUUAAAAGAGAGGGGGGGGGGAGGGUUUAAUAACACGAAACCAUAGCGGCGGCGCCCCCUCCUGCUCCGGCGCCCCUGGCGGGGGCCAUCCCUGCCACCCGCUUGCUACGCCGCUGGACGACAGCAAUCCUUCGCACCUUCCAGCUUCCACCAAGACCACUCUUGGGAUCGAAGCAACAUGCACUCAUUAUGUUGGUUUCUGUCUUCGACAACUACACCUAGGUCACUAAAGCCGUUAACAAUUAUUUAUCGGGAAGGGGUGGAGGAGGGGGAGGAGGCGAAUCAUAACUCAGGUAUCUUCAGCAAAGGUAUCUCCCUUCCCCCCCCCCCCCAAAAAAAAAAUUAUUUGAUAUUUUUGGGGGUUUCACGUCGCACUGUUGUGCACAGUGGCUUAAGUCCAGGUCGUACAUACCAUGUUGAUUAUUUUUUCAUUAUCUUAUAAUUACUUUUAUUAAAGGUCUAUUUCUAAAAAUUUAACUAAUAUUUUAAAAGGAAGACAAAACAACAUUGAUAUACUUUUCUUCAAUCUCCCAUCGUUAUAUAAUGGAAGUAAAAAAUGGUCCUAUGAAUUAAAUUACAGGGUUGCAACUCCGCAUGCUAACGGGAAAAAUAAUUGAUUUCAUCAUACAGAUUUAAUACAUAUAGCACAACUACAGAUAAGGAUUUAAUUUACCCACAUUUGUUGCAUUGCGACCCAUUCACGCACGUUUGUCAGAUGCGCACAGUUCCGAAAGGGGCGAAAGACGCGAGGACUGGACUCUGCAGGCCGCCGCCGCCGCCGGAGCCGCCGCUGGCCGCGCGCUACCUGGAGGAGGAGCUGUUCUCGCACGCCAACCCGGGGCUGUUCUACCGCGCGGACGCCGUGGCUGACCUGCGGCAGCUGCACCGAGGCGUGGCCGGCGAAGAGGCCGCCUGGGACCUGCGCGUGGACUCCCUGAGGCGCCUGGUGCUGCAGGACGCUCCACCGUCACAGCGGCGCGAGCUGCUGGACGCACUGGGCCGGACCGUCACGAUCCUGUCGAUGCCACCUCCCGAGUCCUCGACGGGCGACCGGAGGUUCAGAGCCGCCCGCCUACUGCUGUGCGGUCUGGCAGAUGGCAUGGAGGUGGCGGCAGCAUCUCUGCGCGCUCACCUGCUGCCCAAUGGCGGGGCGGCGGCCAAGGAUCCACCCACAGGCCGACGCAGAGAGUCCUCCAGGACUCCCCGGACCAGUCUAGGGGGCAGGAGCAAGGCCAGGAAGGACAUGUCCACCUCGAGGAGCACCAGGCACCCGCGCCCCAGCAAGGUCGAAUCACAGACGUCUCUUACGGCGGCGACAUCGGAAACGAGCCUGGCGUCGGCGGCGGCGGCGGCGGCGGCGGCGGCGUCGGCGGCGGCGAGGACGCGCUACCUGGAGGCGCUAUUCGUUGAGACGUACCACCUGGUGGGGCGGGCCGUGGAGGGGAUAGGCGCCUUGCUGGACUCCUUCGACCAGCUGUGACCUCCCCUCGCCCAGUGACAGGGACUGCAGCGGCCAGUAAUCGUCGCGCUUUAAGUCCAACGGGUUUAAAGGCCGUGGUUAUUAAACGCCACAAGACUGUUCACUUAGUAUACAUAAUUUAGUUCAGAUAUGUGCUUUUGUAAUAUACCUAAAUGACAUGUCUUUUUUUUUUUUUAAAUUAUACUAAUGCUGACAGCUGCUAUCAUGUCAGAAAUAAAGUACUCAGUUGUGUA